CCACUUUCUCACCCACACAUUCUGUCACUCGUAAAUCCGGUCUUUUGGAUCAUUUCGUCUGUCAUCACAUUGAGCUGCAAACACUAAAAAGCACUCAUCCUCACCCAUCAAACCUCAUACCUCAUCUUAUCCACCUCAAACACAAAAGCAAUCCCCAUUUUGUCUUCUCCCCUCUUAUCACAUCCACAACCCACCACCACCACCACCAACCACCAAACCUCUCUCAAGAUGCCAGGAGCCACCACAUCCCCCGGCAAGCAGUCCGCGGACAAGACGCCCGAGAGGAACGUCGACCGCCCCAUGUUCCGCCGCAUGCUCUCCGUCCCCGAAGGCGACAACGGCAACGUCGAGCGCAACACCAUCGAGGUCCCCAUGUCUCGCUCCCCCUUCGCAGACACAAACGACCUCAUGCACCCCCUCAGCAACGCCCCCUCCUCCCGCGACCGCCGAGGGUCCCGCAACAGCUUCGGCACCUCGCUACCCAUCCCCCGCUCGAAGAGGCAGUCGAGGCUGUCGUCGAGCAUUAACAUUGAGGAAGCGUUGGCGGCGGCGAAUUUGAGGCCGGGGAUGCCGCCGAUUCAGCCGACGAGGGAGAUUAUUGCGAGUCAGUUGCAGGAUAUGUCGUCGGUGAAGACGACGGCGGCGAAGGAUAUGGCGUUCGCUUUUGAUAUUGAUGGAGUGCUUGUUCACGGUGAUCGUUUGAUUCCUGAGGGCCGUCGUGCGCUGGAGAUCUUGAACGGUGAUAAUGAGCUCGGUAUUAAGAUCCCCCACAUCUUCCUCACCAACGGGAGUGGUAAGAUCGAGAGCCAGCGCUGCGACCAGCUGUCUCAGAUCCUCGGUGUCCCGAUCUCGACUGAGCAGUUCAUCCAAGCUCACACCCCCAUGUCUGCCCUGGCUGAGUACUACGACACCGUCCUCGUGGUCGGUGGCGAGAAGUACAAGUGCCGCGAGGUAGCCAAGCUAUACGGCUUCAAGGAUAUCAUCGUCCCUAACGACAUCUACGCCGCCAACCCCGACAUCUCACCCCUCAAGGAAUUCUUCACCGAGGAGCAGCGCGCCACUUCCGCGCCGAGGGAUUUCAGCAAGGUCAAGUUCGAUGCUAUCCUCGUCUUCUCCGACUCCCGCGAUUACGCCACCGAUCUCCAAAUCAUGAUCGACCUCCUCCUCUCCGAGGACGGCGUUCUGGGCACCAAAGCCAAGGACCCCCUCGCGAACCGCAUCCCCGUCUACUUCUCCCAGGGCGACGUCCUCUGCCCCACCGAGUACCCCAUCCCCCGCAUGUCUCAGGGAACCUUCCGCAUCGCGCUCGAGGCUAUCUACAAGUCCAUCACCGGGCAUGAGCUGGAGCGUGUGGUGUACGGAAAGCCUGAGUUGGCGACGUAUAAGUACGCUGAUGAGGUGAUGAGCUCGUGGAUGGAGACGAUUCACAACGAGGAGCGUCUGCCUAAGAAUAUCUACAUGAUUGGUGAUAACCCGCAGUCUGAUAUUGUUGGUGGUAACAUGUAUGGAUGGAACACCUGCCUGGUUCGCACUGGUGUGUUCCAGGGCGAGGGCAAUGAUAAGGAGAACCCGGCCAACUUUGGGGUUUUCAACAACGUUCUUGAGGCUGUGCAGGCGGCGCUCAAGAAGGAGCUGGGCGCGGAUUUCAAGCUCAACUGGAGUGAUUCUAUGAACCCCGUUACCGGGAACCAGUCGGUUUCGGCGGUGGAGUAAAGGAAAGAACGAAGGAGUCAAAGCUGCGGAAAAGUUGUUUUUUUUAUGAUUGAAUGCGGGUUUUUUUGCCUACCGCUUUUUUUUUACUUUACUACCUGCCUUGUUUUGGAAAAACAGAUAUGAAGGAAGGUUGGGAUGAUAGGUUGAUCGGCGUUUCACACCGCCGCGUCGUUGGGAUGGACGUUGGACGAAGAUUAUGUCUUGGCUCUCUCUCUAUGAGAACUUAUUUCUUUGGCUAGGGUUCAUUGGUUGGGGGAUUUUUUUCUUUGAACGAGGGGUUUCUUAUUGUAUAUAGAUUCAUAAAUACCCACAGACCCAAUAGGCUACACAGUAUAGAUAUACUGGAGACAAAAAAGAUUCUUUACCAC